AUGUCAGGAAUAACAAACAUUACUAUCCCAGAAAACAUAUCGAUAAUAGAAUCCAGCGCUUUCGCCCUCUGCAAGAAUCUUACUAAUGUCACAACCUGUUCUAGAAGAUACCUCAAUACGGCAAAUGCUUUCGAGAACUGCGACAAGCUUACUGAUAUCUUUGUAAGCCCAUAA